AUGAGGCAACAACAACAGGGAGGCGGAGAAGCAACACCAGUUGGAUCCACCACCUUCUUCCAAGGUAGUGAUUCACGAGCUGACGAGAGCAGCCCUGUUGGUUCAGCUUCUCCGGUGUCCCAAGAGCAGCUUCGCCAGGAAGAUCCUGUUGACACAGCAGAGUGGAGUGAGAGGAGAGUUGAUAGAAGGGGAGAUAGGUACUGGAAAGAUGAGUACAAUUUGCAUGCACCCAAGGAGCAAAGAAGAACAGCUGCUAAGUUGAAAAACCAUUGGAACAAGACUAUACCUCUUAUUACCAAGUUCAAUGGAUGUUACGACAAGGCAAGGAGAGAUCAUGCUAGUGGUGAAUCUGAUGACCAAGUCAUGAACAGAGCUCGUGAAGAGUACAAAAGGGUUGUUAACAAAAAGAGACCUUUUGCAUUAGAGUAUUGGUGGAGAGCAGUGAAGGAUCAACCCAAGUGGAGUAAAGCUUACCCAGAUGAAGAAAUGAUGAACAAGAGAAGUAGGCUGAAUGCAUCAGGAGCUUAUUCUUCUUCUAAUCAAGACAGCGAAGAUGCAGAUCCUGCAGCCAGGUGUUGA